AUGCAGUCUGAUCGCCCCCAGCUCUCUAUAACACUCCCGCGCAAUUUCUACUUCCAUUAUAGCGACGGUCAGCCUCCACACACUCCCGAGCCUGAACCUCAGCUCGAGGAUCCUCAACCUCCACCUCCUCCCCGACAGACACUGAGGGUCCGCCGCCGCCGCACUGCCAUUCCAUCCGAUGACGAUGCGGUGCGUAUGAGCAACCUCAUGGACGGCCUCGUCGCGCACUCCCAACCAAUCCCUACCAUUGAGGCCCCAGAGUUCCACUCAGACGAGCCCAUCGAGCUGCCAGAGUUCCCACCAGCCCCAGACAACUCGUACCUUUCCCCCGUGGUCUCGUUCAACCGGAUGAUAUCUCCGCCUAAGACGCCCGAGCUACAGAUGCGGAGACUCAGCGGCUUCGACACUCCCCAGCCAUGGGACAACAUGGACCCUGCCACCAUGAGCGAAUCAUCCAGCAGGCCAACAUCCUCUUCCGGCUUUUCAGACUCCUCCACGUCGUCCCGAGGUAGCUUUGAAUCAUUCCCGUCUUUUGGUGGCAGCUGCACAAGUCCUGACGAAGACAUGACUGACCCCUUUUCUUUCUGCGAUGCAGGCAUGAAGUAUGAGCCCACCUCGCCUCUCGCGGCACACCGGCAAGGUCCGAUAAAUAAACUAAAGCUGAGGGCAACCUUCACGGAGGAGAUGGAUGCUCAUCUCUGGAUGACUUAUAUGAAGUACCUGCAGGAUCCUACUGUGACGCCCUUCAAAGCCUUGCCUAGCACGGUACCACCAAAUGGCGUCUGUCAUCGGGUUGCGCGAAUGGCUCGCAAGACGUGGAAAGGACCCCGUGCCUCAUCCUGCUUGAGUGUCAGUCGCUCCGCCUCCCAGUACGCGUCCCGCUCUGGAACCCCAGACACGAUCAAGCCAUCAAAGAGUGGAAGCAGUACUCCAAUCGCUAUGGUCAGGAAGCCAUAUCCUCGAUUCCCUUCAGAGAAGCAGGCCCGCAAGCGCCUUCGCGAAUUGGCUAAGCAGAAGCCCUCACUCUCCGCUCACUAUCAGCGUCUGCUGCACCAUCGGACCCCGUCCCCGUUUCAAUCUUCUCCGCCGUCCCAGCGGAGCUCUUCCCAGCCUCAGGGACUGUCGUCGCCGUUCUCAGAGGAAGCCUCCAGCUUCUCUACCCGUGACAUGAACUUGUCACUUGCAACUAGCACAGCAGCUUCCAUGCAGUUCGGCAACCCAUUGACGCAGCUAGGGAGCAAUGCAACGCCCCGUGCUCCGGACAAUGGUUGGUCCAAUGUUCGUUCUUCCGCACACCAGAAGUCUCAGUCCUUACACAUUGGUCUCGGUAUCGGCAGCAUGUUUGGCUCUUCUUUUGCGGCCAUGUCCCAAAUGACGGACAUGAGUCUAGGACAGCAGAACUCUCAGACCUGGCACGCUCCGUCGGCACACCCUCCUAGACUCGGCUCCCCUCUGCAGCUUCACGCACCGAGACCAAUUUCCCGCCCUUUUAAGCGCCGUGCUCUCCACAACUUCGAGGAGCAGGCUCGAGGCCGCGGUGAUAGUUUCGUGAAUCAUGUCUUUGGGGCGCCGGCUGAGUCAAGUCAUCGCCGGGUUCGCAGUCGUGGUUUCAGCUUGGGAGACAUGAUCGAGGGCGCUCGACGACUUCCUGCGUCCCCCUUUGGGCCAACAGAAGUCCACCCGUUCUCGGCCAACCUAACUGCUAUGAUGCAAGACCAUAAUCCUCCACCAGCUCCCUAUGUCGCACGGAAUCAGGCCACAGUUCGUCUUGGCUCUCCAUUCGGAGGACGAUCGAGCAACACCUUCCCCCGAGCGACAACCUCUUAUGGAUUUGAGGCUCCAGCAUCCUUCGAGCAGCGCCUUGCCGGCUUGCCUAGCAAUCCCGAUCAUUUAACUCCUUCCUAG